AUGCCGCUCGCCUCUUGCCUCCAGAGAUGCAUCCAGCUCAUCCUCCUGCCCGUUUAUGUACUUGUCUACCUGGGCAUAUGGGACGCCCUCUAUAAGAAAGUUUUUCCCUACAUCAUGGCCAAGCUUGCACCACGCUACAACCACAAGGUGCGCAAGCAAAAGCAAGAGCUUUUCAGCAACUUGGGACAAUUUGCGGGCCCUUCGGGCCACGUCAGGCUGCUGGAAAUUGGCACAGGCACCGGCACCAAUUUCCAGUUCUACCCCGCAGGCUGCCGGCUCACAUGCACCGACCCGAACCCCAACUUCGAGCAGUUCCUCCGCAAGAACCUCUCAGAGAACCCGCACCUGCAGCUGCAGCGUUCGCUGGUGGCGUCGGGGGAGGACCUGCGCCAAGUAGCGGCGGGCACUGUGGACGUGGUGGUGUGCACACUCGUGCUGUGCUCCGUCAGCAGCGUGGAGCGCGUCCUGUGCGAGGUCCUGCGGGUGCUCCGGCCGGGUGGAGCGUUUUACUUUUUGGAGCACGUGGCUGCGGACCGAUCCAGCUGGACCUACUUCUGGCAAAAGGUCUGUGAGCCAGCCUGGAAGUGCUUUGGAGACGGCUGUUCCUUGAGCAGAGAGACGCAGAAAGAUCUGGAGAAWGCCAGCUUCUCUGAGCUGAACCUGAGGCGCAUACAUGUCCCUCCAAGCUGGAUUCCUGCCAGUCCUCAUAUCAUUGGAUACGCAGUAAAAUAAAUGGCCAUGAGCACAGAAGGACACAGAGCCCCUUCAGCAGCUCUCUUCCUACUUUUUAUGGAGGAUUUUUCACUGGAUAGUAGCCUUAAACUCAUAUACAGAACCUAGUACUCAGAAUAAAAACCUGGAAAAACUUGAUGAGCCUCCACAACUUGUUCAAGCAGGAAUCACACUCUUCUAUUUGUUAGGUAGGCUUCUGACAGAACUGUGGCAUAAGGACCAAGUAAACUGGAAACACAGAGAACGUGUUUCACUGCAAAACAAAGUAAAGGAGUCACCACCCAGGAGCUGAGAAAGGGAAAAGGAAAAGAGGGAGCACAGCAGUGCCAACAAAGAUAGAGAGCUAACGUUCUUCGAGUAGCAGAGACUAUUACUCAACCCCUACGAUUUCAGAUUCAGGACACAUACAUAAUAGAUACAGCAACAGCACAAGCAUUUUUCUUUGUGUCUUCCUAUUGCAAAAUACCCCUAGGAGCCAGCAUUCCUCCUCCUGCACCAGUCGAGGCCUCCCUUACUGGGCUGUUUAUUCAGGGCAGUGCCCAUCACAGCACCAGUUUGUUCCCCAUGGCUUCCCCUGUCCAUGAGAUGCCACUGCCAUUAGCCAAAGUUUAACUCGCAACCUGUGAAGCCAAAGACAGAAUUCCUCCUUAUGCCGGGGGAAAGGUCUGAUAAAUCUGAUGGCGGAAGUUUCAUUUCACCUGCGAGAUGGUCACUGCUGAACCCUGUAGGCUCUUACAGCCCUUUCAAUGCACYCUGCUAAGUUAAACCUAUGCUUAAACUCUUCAUACUCUACUCUCCCUUGGGUCCAGAUUUCACCUUUAAGGUGUCAAAUCUUUCUUAAAAGCCACACGUUUCAUUAGGAGCAUUUUCCAGAUAAACUCCCCCAGGACACCAAGAGGAGGCACUGCUCUCUUGGCCACUCUUUAGUAGUUCUCUUUGAUUUCCCAYAGUAAAGCACCUAAGCAUUAACACCUAGAGCAAACCAUUUUUAAUGAAAGACUGCCCA